GUAUUAUGUAUUAAAAAAAUAAAAUUAUAAAUUUAUUCCAAAAUUCUUUCAGGCCAGCCAAAGUAAAAUAUCGGAAGAAGAGUUAAUUAAUCGUCUCAUGGGUUUUCUUGGCCACAUGGUACAGAGGAAGACAUUGAAGAGAAACAUGAGAGAAAUGGUUGAAUUAGGUCUAUCUGCAAAACAGCAGAAGGCUGAUAAAUUCUUGCAAAUUAAAAAAGAGGUUCUUGAAAUGAUAAAAGCUCGUGUAUCUCUUCUGGUCUCCAAGGCGCCUGACCAUCAAGAUGGGUUGAAGGACGAUUUCCAGGAUGUAGUUAGAGCCGACGAAAGGAGAGCGUUGAGAGGAAAAUAUUGUAUGGAUGUAGCAUUGGAAGACAAAAUCUGUGACCUCUACGAUUUGCAUGUUGAGGGAAUGGAUGAAGACAAAGGUCCUCAGAGUAGAAAGCUGUAUGUAGAGCUUGCAGAGCUGUGGCCGGCUGGUUACAUGGAUAAUUUCGGGAUCAAGGAUGCAAUAUACAAGGCUAAGAAACGUAGACGGCAUAAGUUUCAGGCUCGUGAUGAAGAGAGGAUUGAGAGGAAGGCAAUGAAGUCAGAGGAACCACAAGCUGGUCAAGGAAGGCUUGUUGUGGAUCCUCCAGUUCAGGUUCCUGCUCCUCAGGACAAGCACCCUAUGUUGCUAGGUAGAAUGAGUGAUCCAACUGCAUAUCUAAGUGAUAGCGCACAAAAUAAUGGAUACACUUCCAAACAACACGAGAGAUCUAGAGGGAACGGCACAGGCACAGUUUCAGAUGGUGGAAGCAAAGCAGCUUCUGUAGAUGUGAAGAAAAGGCUAAAGAGGAAGUCGGAAGCAGAUGCGGUCUUUCAUGCUCAUCCACAGAAGAUGCAGGCACAGUCUAGAAAGGAAAAACAGAAUUCAAUUAAUUCAAAUAGGCCCAGUGAUAAUUCAAACCUGAUUCUCCAACAACCAGAGUCCAAUCAAGUUCCUGCUGCAACAACUUAAGACCAACCAAGUUGAUCAUUGAUGCCUGUAUAGUUUGAGAUGAUAACAUAGGACUAAGUUUCAAUAUAGUUUCUGCGUGGUUGAGAGUUCAUUAAUUCAUUUCUUUGUAAACAACCCCUUCCAUGCAAAUGUGACCAAGAUGAGAAUCGUUAAAUCUAUACCAGUCAUCAGAGCCUUACAAACAACUACGUUGUUUUUGCCGACUCUUAAACGUUUUCUUAUCGAAGGCUGGCGGAUUAACACGCUUUUGUUA